UCAACGCAUAAUUCCAAUGUUUCCAUAAGCGUGUCAAGCAUGGUACGGCCGACUUGAACUAAGCGUGUCAGGUUUCCCAAGGCAGCUAAUUAUGGCCUCACUUUUUAUAUGUGCAUAUAGUCAAGGUAGCUACAUAUGUGACGAUUGUGUCAUUAGUUUGAUGCGAAGCCCACCUGUUCUUCUAGACUCACCAUGUUUUGACAAAACCGAGGCGGAAAGUGAGCAAGGAAUCCCCUCUAAGCUUUUUACUUUUCUCCCUUUUUCUGAGUCCCAACCUCAACGUCAUUACGAGCAGCCUGAAGCUUGGACUGAAAUUGUCUUCACAAUGCAAAACUCGAUGGACUCAAGCAAACAAGACCACAUUGGCGCAGGUGGUCAACUGAAUAUGUUUCGACACCUUCCUACGGAGUUGGUUCAAAGCAUCGCGUACCUGCUCCCAACCAACGCAGAUCGGAUCAACUUUGCGCUGUGCUCGUCAGACCUGGCAGCCAAAAUCCUACCCGCUGAAUCGCAUAUCUGGAGGAGACUGUUUCGAGAUACUUUUGAUGAAAUUGUGAAGCGCAGUGUUGUGGAUUAUAAAAUCGAAUACCAAAUUCGCACUAUCGUGCUCGCUCGGGCCGUUGACUUCAAGUAUGGUCAACAGGAGAAGCAAACGUAUUGGUUAGAACUUCUAAGAGACAUGAUUCAAGAGUCCCUUUAUCAGGACAAGAUUACAGAAUCGGAUGAGGUCCCAAAAAACUUCAACUGUCUUCGUGAAGCCCUUUACAACACUGAGUUCCUUAGUAGACCUGUGAACGGCUAUAUGAUGAGGAAGCCUGAUCCUCCUUCGGAUCUGUUUUGUGCGGUCCAAUUGGCUCUUACUUACCUAGCGCUGGAUCCGUCCAUGCACGUUCGCUGUCUGCGAACCGAUUAUGAUAUUGGAGCUGUUUAUGCUUUAUCGGAGACAGAAAAGGAACUUAUCGACGUGAACUUUGAAUUUUCAACGGAUGUUGCUCUCGAUAUUCGGAAUUUCUGGCUUCGCCAUCUUCUCAAUCCGGAUGAGGGUACGUUCUAUACCUCAUAUAUGAGCUUGCCCAAAUACCACAGGCCAGCUCCCCCCAGUCCGAUGGGUCUUACUUUAUAUGACGAAAAACGAAAGCUUUAUCUUUCUUGGCUAGGAUAUGAAUCGUGCAUUUGCCCGCACCCACCGGCAGUACCGGAACUCGAAGUUCGGCAAACCUGCGCUGACUUGAACGGCCACAUAGUUGAAGUUGAACACAUUGUGAGUACCUUACUUCUGGAUCACCCACAGAGACUCAUCAUGUCCAGACCCUUCAAUUCGAAGAACAUCCUGAUGCAGGCAACUGGCCUGAGAUUUUUGAACAGUAUGUCAGCGAGUUCCGUGACUUGGAUGGCGAUAAAUGCAUAUUCCUUCGCGGUAUCCAGACAUAUCACGGUUCUGGAGGCGAUCGGUCAGCUCCGGUACGCGGCUUUAUAGAGAAUAUAUAUGGAGGUGGGAUGCGUGGCUGUUGGUCACGCAUUUCUUUCGUCACGUAUGAAUCUAGUCACUGGCAGGGGGAACAAGGGGCCCUGAGUUCCUUUUUCAGUGAACCAUGGCCUCCAAUGGAUAUGCAUGACGAUUUCACUUCAAUAUAUGCGUAUUCAGGUGUAGUCAUCCCGGGAAGCUCUCUCAUGAUUGGGCAUUGGUGGGACCCACGGGCAGAUCAAGACACUGGAGAUAAAGGACCAUUCAUUUUUUGGUGCAUAUGAUGUUCUUUGCGAAUGAU